GACGAUCGUGGUAAAAGUAACAGCUUCUCAAUCAGUUCCUGCGAGUAGAUGAACCUGCUUGUCUCACUGGCUCACUCUCGUGUUGGUUUCAUCAGCUAGAUUUCGAGAAAUGGCGAUCCCAGUGCCCAACAGACUGUUAUUCAUUGAUGGCGAGUGGAAAGAGCCAAUCCUCAAGAAACAAAUUCCCAUCAUCAAUCCCACCACUGAAGAAAAAAUUGGGGAUAUUCCGGCUGCCACUUCGGAAGAUGUGGAGCUUGCAGUGGUUGCUGCUAGAAGAGCCCUCACCCGGAACAAAGGCUCGGAUUGGUCAACGGCUUCCGGGUCGAUUCGGGCUCGAUAUCUGCGAGCUAUUGCUGAUAAGGUUAAAGAUAGAAAAUCUGAACUAGCAAAACUCGAGGCAAUGGACUGUGGAAAACCACUGGAAGAAGCAGCGUGGGACAUUGACGAUGUUGCUGGUUGCUUUGAGUACUAUGCUGACCUUGCUGAAGGUUUGGAUGCAAAGCAGAAGGCUCCUGUAUCUCUUCCCAUGGACACCUUCAAGAGUUAUGUUCUUCUGGAGCCCAUUGGGGUUGUAGGAUUAAUUACUCCCUGGAAUUAUCCUCUGUUAAUGGCUACAUGGAAGGUUGCUCCAGCUUUGGCUGCUGGCUGUACUGCAAUAUUAAAGCCUUCCGAAUUGGCAUCUGUGACCUGUUUGGAGCUGGCUGAUAUCUGUAGAGAAGUGGGCCUUCCUCCAGGAGUCUUAAAUAUUCUCACUGGAUUAGGCCCUGAAGCUGGUGCUCCUUUGGCAUCCCAUCCUCACGUUGACAAGAUUGCCUUUACUGGAAGCUCUGCAACUGGGAGCAAGAUUAUGACAUCUGCAGCUCAACUGGUGAAGCCUGUUUCACUAGAGCUAGGUGGGAAAAGCCCAAUCAUUGUUUUUGAGGAUGUUGACCUAGACAAGGCUGCUGAAUGGACCAUCUUUGGCUGCUUCUGGACAAAUGGUCAAAUAUGCAGUGCAACAUCUCGUCUUAUUAUACAUGAAAGCAUAGCGACAGAAUUUCUGAAUACAAUUGUGAAGUGGAUAAAAAAUAUCAAAAUUUCAGAUCCCUUGGAAGAAGGUUGCAGGCUAGGCCCUGUUGUCAGUGAGGGACAGUAUGAAAAAAUAUUGAAGUUCAUUGAAAAUGCUAAAAGAGAGGGUGCAACGAUUUUGACUGGUGGAUACCGCCCUGAGCAUUUAAAGAAGGGGUUUUUCAUUGAACCAACUGUUAUAACUGAUGUGACUACAUCCAUGCAAAUUUGGAGAGAGGAAGUUUUUGGACCUGUUCUUGCUGUAAAAACGUUUAGUAAUGAGGAAGAAGCUAUUGAGCUUGCAAAUGACUCACAUUAUGGAUUGGGUGCAGCUGUAAUAUCAAAUGAUCUAGAAAGAUGUGAACGUAUAACCAAGGCUUUCCAGGCUGGGAUUGUUUGGAUCAAUUGCUCUCAGCCCUGCUUCACUCAAGCCCCAUGGGGAGGCCAAAAACGUAGUGGCUUUGGUCGUGAAUUAGGAGAAUGGGGACUUAAUAACUACUUGAACGUGAAGCAAGUCACACAGUACAUCUCUGAUGAACCAUGGGGCUGGUACCAGAAACCUUCGAAGCUGUAAUGAUAACCGCCUAAACUGAUAAUAAAUCGGGGUUCUAGGAGAGGGCGAUGCUAAGUUGUUAGCUCAAUGUCAGGAAGACAACACUUGAUAUGGACAAGUCAUGACUAGUUUGUUUUUAUCCAACUUCUCCCAUAGCAUUUGCUUCUUGUGCAGAUAAGAACGAGAAAUCAAAGUAUCUUGCCUGUGCAGGCCAGGGCUGCGAAGUCAUAUAUAUGAUAGAGACAUUUCCCAUGUAUCGAAGCUUCCAAAAUUUGCGACCCCGAAAUGCAUAAUGAGUGUCGUAAUUGAAUUGUACUAGACUAGAAGUAUUCCAUAAUGUGGAUAUCAGGAUGGGAAAUUAAGAGUUUUUUUUUUUUUUUUGCCUUGUAGGAAAUAAAUACAUUACGGAUUCAGUGACGUGAAUGCCUGAAUGGUUGAGGAUCUUUAGUUUGAUUCCCAUACAAAUUUUCCAAACGUCAACCGUCGGGUGGCAAUUAAUUUUCA